AUGAGUAAGACAACGCCUACCUAUAGUACCAAAGAGCUCAACUUCGCCAAGGAGCAACAGAGUUCGACAAUUUUGAUACGUCUCAAAAGCUACUUGGAACGCGUUCAGAAGGAAUGGAGACCCCUUCUACUCGCUAAGGAGAAUCUGGAUGAUGAGUACAACUUCCCACCAGGCAGACUGUUUGAUCGUCCAUGA